AUGGCCGUUAAACCUCUCAUCGCAACCCUAGAGGAUGAAAUCCUCGACCCUGAAGAGGGUAAGUCCGUCCAUCCAAUCUACAACCCAAUCAUGAGGCCUCGUAUCCCAGCAAGACGACUUACACGGGGUGGAAUCGUCACCAACGUGCCAACAGAGACAUUUUUCCUCUUCUCUCACAACAUCCCCUCCUCGAACCUGGGCUUCAUCGACCCGAAAGCCACCGAACUCUCCCUGACGCUGGCGGGCAGAGACUUCACGAUCCACCAGUCCCCCACGGUCCUCUCAUCGACCCGCGCCGGAGGCACGACCGGGGCCGGCUGCGGCAUCUCCCCGCUAACAGCCCUCCUCCUCGCCCCGCGCGUCGCCCGCUACGUCCUCACAGACCAACCCUACGUCGCGCGCAUGAUCCACCAGAACCUCGAAGCGAAUCCCCUGCCCAGGUCUUCGUCAUCGUCCUCAUCCUCAUCCUCAUCAACCUCGCGCCGUUCACGCAAAGCAGUAGCAACAGCAAACUCCGCAGCAACAACAACUUCGUCCACAGGAUCAUCAUCAUCCUCAUCGCCAGGAACAAUCUCCUUCCACCCCCUAGACUGGGAACUCGACACCCCAGACCCCUCCCUCACCGGCGUACCCCCCACCACGGCGCGCAGCUUCGACGUCGUCGUAUGCUGCGACUGCAUCUACAACGAGGCCCUCGUCGAGCCUUUGGUCUCCACCACCGCCGACCUCGCUCGUCUGCGUGUACGUGCCCAGCAGGAAGACCAGGACCAGGACGACGACAACCCCUCCUCCUCCUCCUCCUCCUUCUCCUCCACGGCCCGGUCCGAGCCGUGCGUCUGCAUCGUGGCGCAGCAGCUCCGCAGCCCCGACGUCUUUGAGGAAUGGAUCGGCGCGUUCCAUCGCGAUUUCCGUACCUGGAGGGUACCGGAUGCUUUACUUCCCGAGGGGUUGAGGACCGAGGCUGGGUUUGUGGUGCAUGUUGGGAUCUUGAGGGAGGCUGAGGUGGAUUUCUAG